UCGCCCUCCUCCUUCCUACUUCGUGUUCAACUUCGCUCCCACUCUCCGCGGGCGCUUCAGAUUCUUUCCCUCUGCGUGAAAAGCUUCGAUCUUUCCCCGUUUGAUGUGGUCCAUUCCCUUGAAAUUCUAUUGGGUUGGGGCCAAAUCUGAACGAGGGUUCUUGAAUCGGCGCAUUGUUGCUGCUGGGUAGCGAUGGAUAUCCAGCGGAAGAGAGUUCAGCUCCUGGUCUUCGUCGCCGGCAUCAUCGCACUCAGCAUCACGGCUGAAAAAUGCCGAGAGCUCAUGGGGGAGGAGGCAUCGUCCCAGAGCGGAAAGUUUACAUUAUUAAAUUGCCUUGACAUGGGCUCUGGAACCCUUGCAUGCUCAGUGAAGGAGGGUGUGAAGCUCUAUUUCUACAACAUACGGGCGGCCCAUGUCGAAAGGGCUAGGCACCUCGCAAUGGAGACUGCAAUUGUCGACGCAUUAUCACAAGGGUUAACAGCCAAGGACGCGGCCACGCAGGCGCAGAAAGAAGGGGCCAAAGCGGCAAAACUCGCGAGUCGGCAGGCCAAACGCAUAAUAGGACCCAUCAUAUCUUCAGGGUGGGAUUUUUUCGAAGCUAUUUACUAUGGCGGUACGGUGACAGAGGGUGUUCUCAGGGGGUCUGGGACUCUGUUUGGUGCUUAUGCUGGAGGGUUCCUUGGCGAGCAGAGACUUGGGAAGUUCGGAUAUCUGGUGGGAAGCCAUCUAGGCAGUUGGGUUGGAGGUAGGAUCGGGCUUAUGGUUUACGAUGUCGUCAAUGGAGUGCAAUUCUUGCUUCAGUUUGUUCAGCCUCAAGAAGAGGAAGCAGGAGUUAAUGAAUCCCCAGUUUACAAAAGUUUCGAAGGUUCUGAAGAGUCUUAUGAAACUCCUUUAGGCAAGAGCUCCGACGCAUCCGAAGAUUAUGAUGCUCACGAGUCAGCUACUUACUCCGAGGCUUCUGAAAAUUAUGAUGCUCAUGAGUCAACUACGUACUCCGAAUCAUACGAAGAGUUAUAAGUUUUAGAGUGCAGGCUUUCGACGGCAAAAUUGGUGAGAUUAGUUUUGUAUGAUUAGAGUAGAUAAAAUAUGAUUAAACUGCUCUUUGUGGUUGAUCAACAUUGUUGUUACUGUAUAUUACUGUUUUAUGUGCAUCACAGAGCAGGUUAUGAUCAUAUCUUCUUCGAACUA